CCGUUUCGUGAAUCGUUCUCGAAAACGCCUAUUCUAUAACCCUAAUACCAGAAUUAAGCUCGAUUAAGACUCAAUUUCUCUCCCAGUUUUGCUUACCUUCGCUCUUGUAUGGCAACCGGCGAGUUCAAACGCCGAUCUAUUGCCUCGAUGAACAGGAACCAGGGUGUUACUCCAUCGAUGAAUUCUCCUAUUAUUUUAGGAGCCUCCACUGAAAAAUACUUUAUUCAUAUUUCAGAAUCUAUAGAACCGAGUUAAACCUUGAUGGCUGCGAGUUUUCUUGUGAAUUCGUCUCUUUAUUCCUUUCUAAUUCCAAUUCCCCUUUCUAUUUCUAUUUGCUCAAGGUCCCUGGAUCAGAAUGCCGAGACCAAAACGUCCAGGUGCACCUGAGCCGAAACGAAGAAGUCGCCAUGGAUGCUGGCCGUGCAAAAGAAGAAAAGUCAAGUGUGGUGAAGAAAGGCCAUCAUGCUCAAACUGCGUACGUCAAGGCGAUACCUGCGACUAUAGUGUCCGCCUCAAUUGGGAGGGAAGGACCAAAAGAAAGUCCAUAGAACCAGGAACUCCCAGUUCGUAUUCAGGGAUGUCCAUGUUCUCAACGACUACGUUCUCGCAGAGCCCAAGCAUGGCAUCGCCAACUCCGUCGGACUGGCAAUCUCCGGCCGUGUUUUCUAAUUUUGUUCAGCAAGAAUGGUCCGUUGGUAGUGGAUCGAGCCCGCAAGCAUCGUCAUCCAGUCCAGGCAACUCGCGAGUCCUUCGGAUAACCCCUGUUUCCCCUUCAUCAGCACUGGCAAACUCUCCUACGGGGUAUGACAGUCACAGCCAAGGUACUAUGGACCAUUCAAUGAAGAUCGACUCUCCAGCUACGUCCACUGUUGCGGAGCGCGUCAUGUCUCCCCCAGAGUACCCUGCUUCAUUGGCUGUGGCAGCAACUGAUAAUCUACAGCGAUCCCAUGGUUUUCGAUUUCCUGAUUCGUCUGACCAAAAUCUCUCGUUUGGGUCUAGCUUCAAUCAUUUCUCUCCGCUGGGUUUCGAGAACAAUUCCAUCUCACAGCCGACAUCUUUUCUUCGUGAAACUUUUUCUCCCUCUGAUGUGCCUGUGGACGCUUCUCUUCCUCUGGAUGGCUCACACCGAGCUAAGCGUUACAAGGAAGCGGAUCAUGAUUACCCGCAUCAUCGCAGAUCAUCUACUCGAAAUAGUACCGGAAGCAUCCCUCCUGCAGAGCUCCCUUCAGUACCGUUUAUUCAAGGUCUUCGUCGAGUACCUCUGAUGACCCUGCUAUCGCAAUCUGCAGAAGCAAGUUUAACAUUAGAGGAGAUCAAGAACAUGGAGAACAGACAAGUUGUGAUCAGUGGCCAUGAAGUGAUCUUCGGGUUUGACUGUGGCAAUCCAGACUACGAUGUUAACAAGAACGACGACUCUAGCGCAAUAGAACCAAUAGACACCUCAUCCGAAGAGGUCUUUACGAACGAGGAACUGAGCACUGUGUCAGAAAAAACACUCAUGGGAUCUUUCCGAGUACGAAGAAGGUCUUCUUUUACAACAGGUGGAGGAUAUUAUGUGACGCCUGUUCGAGUCAAGAUUCCACGUCGAAUGACGCCUCUGCCAGCAACGCUAUUGGAAAAUCCAGUCAAUAUGAUGUACUUUCAUCACUUCAUUGAUCAUACAGCUCGCAUUCUAGUUCCGCAUGAUUGCGAUAAAAAUGCAUUCCUUGAUGUGUUACCUGCUAUGGCUAUUGCGGAUCCGAAUCUACUCAAUUUAAUGCUAGCAUAUUCGGCAAGUCACCGAGCGCGUUUUCUACGUCACCAAGAACCUUCUCUUCGGAUCGCCCAUUGGGUCAGAGCUGUUUUUCCAACAUUACGCCAUGCUUUAAACGAACCAGAUGAAAAGGUUACCUACAGUCAUUUGGCUACUGCUAUCAUGCUGCUGUCUUUGAAAAUCGUUUCACCGAGUACCUUUGAGGUGCCCAUCACCUGGCAGACUCAUUUGAAGCUCGCUCGCGACUUGUUUGUUGCUUGCGGUGUCCAUCGUGACGCGCGUCCUGAAAACAAAGAGGCAUAUUUUUUGGCUCAUUGGUUCGGGUAUCUUGAUACUGUCGGCAGUCUAUCAUGUCGACGCAGCGGCGCUCCGUUGCUACAAACAAACUACUGGUCACCUACAUUAUCCGACCCUCUUCAAGAUCACGAGGCAGAAGAUGACGAUGAAAACUACCGAGUCGACUGUUUUUCUGGUUGUACGCCGUCGACUGGAGCACACCUAGCACGGCUCGGACACUUGACUCACCAAUGUGAUAGCGAACGCUUCGACGAGGUUGAUAACUUCCUACCUCACUGGACACCAUCACCAGAAGUCAUCCAGACCGCCGAGACCUUGCUACUCGACAUGGAACACAGCCGGCAGCGCGGCCAUGCGAUGGGCACUCACCAUACAGAGCUGGAAAACGACGAGAUGAUCGCCAUCGACCAGGCAUUCCACUGGUCCGCUAUUCUGCACUUAUACCGCCGCGUCCUGGGAAAGGAUUCGUACUGCAGCGAAGUCCAGGAAGCAAUCGGCUAUCUCUGCAACGCCAUCGCACGUAUCCGUCCCGGUAGCUCGACAGAAUGUUCUGUGCUAUUCCCUCUUUUCACAGCCGGUUGUGAAGUUCAGGACCCAGAGCAGCGGCUGGAAAUCAUGACGCGGGUGAUGAAUUUUGAAGCAGAAGGUCUUAAGCAGUUCAAAAAUGCGCGGAAACUAAUGCAGCGGUGCUGGGAGAAGGAUCUGCCGUGGGUAGCGUUAGCGCAAGGGGAGUUUCUCGGGUAGAUCUAUUCUGCAUGUGUGUAGUAGCACGUGUCAAUAUAUAGGUAAUCAAUUUCGGGUUAAUCAUUCAUUCAACUUAGGAUUUAGCACAAGUAUAACUAUAGAUCAUAAACCGUGUGGUGUGGAUUUGAUGUUGCGGGUCGCAGAAGAUCGAUAGCAGCACAACUUUCUAUGCUCUGUUCUCAUAGUUAUGUUGCCAAUUUUUUUUAUUAUUGAUUUUAAUUCUCAAGUCACUAAAAUGAUCUCUAUUAUUUUGAAACUACGACAAUACUACAUAAUAUAAAU